AUGAGCCUGCGGUACGUGCUGCUGCUGCAACGUGACCUCCAGAAGGCGGUGCGCUUCUACGGCGAUGGGCUGGGCCUGCCAGUCAGGGUGGUGACGGAGCGGUGGGCGGAGCUGGUGGCGGGCCCGUCCACGCUUGCGCUCAAGGCCACCGAUGGGGAGGCGUACUGCAGCACGGGCUACUCCCCUGUGCUGGCUUUCAAUGUGGACGACCUGCAGUCCACGCUGGUGGCAGCACUACGAGCACCAGAUGGCGUCAUGAUCUCGCUCAUGGAAACUGCGGUCGGCGAGGAGUGA